AUGUUGGGAGUCAUUCCAAGGAUUAUUUCUGAAGAACAGGCAGCUUUUGUGAGGGGACGAUCAAUCUUCGACCAUCUUCUCUUGGCUCAGGAGGUUUUUCACAAAUUAAGGUUUUCCAAAGCUUGUAAUGGGUUCUUAGCAAUCAAAGUGGACAUGGAGCAACCAUAUGAUAGCAUAUGUUGGUCUACUUUGAAGAAGAUGAUGGCAGAGUUGGGUUUCCCUACUAGGUUUAUCAAAUUGGUGAUGGAAUGUAUCCUAGAUCCCAGAUAUUCUAUUUUGAUUAAUGGUUCUAAUUCUAAUUGGAUUGAGGGAAAGAGUGGCUUUCUUCAAGGACACCCUCUAUCACCAUUUCUUUUUAUCUUAUGUUCCCAACUUCUUUCUAACGCUUUCCAUAGCAGGGGUGCGGAUGUGGGUAUUAGAAUUUCAUCUAAUUCCCAGAAGAUUUCCCAUCUUCUUUUUGCAGAUGAUAUUCUGUUGUUUAUGGAAGCUAAGGUGAAUAGUAUGAAGAAGGUUAAAGAAAUCCUGGAGAGUUAUUGUCAGUGGACGGGCCAAAAUAUCAGCUAUCACAAAUCUUCAUUUGUUUGUGGGAGUUCAGUGGAAAGAAGGAGGAAAGUGCAGAUUUCCAGAUUUAUGGAAAUUAGAUUAGUAGAAGAAUUUGAGUAUUUGGGUAUCAAAUUGGCAUUGAGAUGUUUAAGGAAGGUGGACUUCCAGGUUUUAUUGGAUAAAUCUAGUAAAAAAAUUAAUGCUUGGGGAAAUAGAUAUAUCUCUUUAGCUGGUAGACUGGUUUUGGUUAAAUCAGUUUAUCUCUCCCUUCCUGUUUUUGUCAUGACUCACUCUCUUAUUCCUUUGAAGACCUUGAUGGAAUUUGAGAAGCUAUGUAGAGACUUUAUCUGGAAUAAAUGUGAUGGCAAAAGAGGUUCUCUGGAGGAUGACAACACUACCUUGGAUUUCUUCAUUUUUGAAGGAAGCUGGGACCGUGAGAAGCUGAGUCUGGUUUUCGGAACAAAUUUACUGAAUCUUAUUUGUAAAGUCCAGAUUUUUCCAAAUAUGGAGGAGGAUUGUAUGGAGUUAAAGUAUAAUACGUCAGGGAAGUCUAUCUUUGCUUUAGUUAUGGAGGAUAGCUAUAACUAUAGGGAUGAUAUUGUUCAAAUCAAUUGGGUUUACAAACUGAAAAUGAAUGCAAAGCUAGAAGUCUUUAUUUGGCGUUUGUUCUUGGAUGCUCUCCCUACAGGUGCUUUUCUUUUCAGAAGAAAACUUUCUGAUGUUCUUGUUUGUCCGCUGGGAAACAGGAUUAAGCAUGGGAAACUUGAAGAAAGCAAUUUGUUUAUUGCUAUUUCUGUUCUCAGUUUUAUCAGCAAAGAUAAUCUGCACUAUGUUCAAUCAGAUAACUGA